CUCGGCUCUGUCUAUAAUACUAAUAUUUUUGCUUUUUAAAUUUUGAAAAAAAAAAACGUAAAGGGCAAAAGGAAUAAUGAUCUCGCGAGAGUUUGGCCGGUGAAACUGUCAAAAAGACACAGAUGAUUUGGUCUCUCACCUACUCCAUUGUGAAACCAGAAACAAUCUCUCCCUAAAGGGUAUUUCAUCUUCUUUCUUCUUUCAAUCUCCGCUUUGUAUCUUUCUUUCUCAAUUCUCUCUUGUCUUUUCCUUUCUCUCUCCACCACAUAAAUUCGGAAUUCAAAAGGAAAAACCCCUUGAGCUCCAUUGAGUCAACUCCUUCAUUUCCGAUCCUUGGGUCUGUAUUACUAUUCGUGGGUCUUCAGCUCCAACGACAGAGGAAGCCAAGCCGGAGAGAAAUCAAUGGCGUCUGGCGGCGGAGAGUCUGAGAGAGGUGUUCAAAUCGGAUCCGACUCGAAGCCGAAGCCGGCGGAUCCCAAAAUAGGCGGAGCCGGGAGCAGGAGCGCCGGAGAAGGGCAGUACAUCAGGGCGGACACUCUGGAUUUCAGUAAAUGGGAUUUGCACAUGGGUCAAACCUCAAGUGCCCCCAAGGCGCGGGCGGCGCCUAUGCAGGAGUGGGAGAUUGACCUCUCGAAGCUGGAUAUGAAGCACGUCCUCGCCCACGGCACUUAUGGCACUGUCUACCGCGGUGUCUACGCCGGCCAACAAGUCGCAGUCAAGGUGUUAGAUUGGGGAGAAGAUGGUUACGCCACAGCUGCCGAAACUACGGCUCUGCGUGCUUCCUUCGAGCAAGAGGUCGCCGUCUGGCAGAAGCUCGAUCAUCCCAACGUUACAAAGUUUAUAGGAGCGUCCAUGGGAACCUCGGAUCUCAAGAUCCCUCCUGCCGGCGAUUCUGGCGGGCGUGGUAACGGUGCACAUCCUGCGAGGGCCUGCUGUGUUGUGGUCGAAUAUGUUGCCGGAGGCACUCUCAAGAAGUUCCUCAUCAGGAAGUAUAGGUCCAAACUACCCAUCAAGGAUGUCAUUCAGCUCGCUUUAGAUCUCGCCAGAGGGCUGAGUUACCUCCACUCCAAGGCGAUUGUACAUCGUGACGUGAAGACAGAGAACAUGUUGUUAGAAACUAAUAAGACGCUCAAGAUUGCUGAUUUCGGAGUAGCUAGAGUCGAAGCUCAGAACCCUCAGGACAUGACUGGUGAAACUGGAACUCUUGGAUACAUGGCGCCAGAGGUUCUUGAAGGAAAGCCUUACAACAGGAAAUGCGAUGUCUACAGCUUUGGCGUAUGCCUCUGGGAGAUUUACUGCUGCGACAUGCCCUACGCUGACUGUAGUUUUGCUGAGAUCUCUCACGCCGUUGUUCAUAAGAAUCUGAGACCAGAGAUUCCGAAAUGCUGCCCACAAUCGGUGGCAAACAUCAUGAAGAGAUGCUGGGACCCGAAUCCUGACAAGCGUCCGGAGAUGGAGGAGGUCGUGAAGCUACUUGAAGCGGUAGACACAAGCAGAGGCGGUGGAAUGAUAGCUCCAGACCAGUUUCAGGGCUGCCUCUGUUUCUUCAGACCUCGUGGCCCCUGAUCUCUCUCUCUCCCUUUCAUUUUUUGAGAGCUGCGUGAUUCUUUGGAUUUUGUAAUCUUUUUUUGAGACUUUGGAGUUAGAUUGGUGUGGUCUUUGUCAUAAGAAUCUCUGCUCUCUCUGCUCUCUCGAUGUAUUUUAUACUACUACACACAGUCGUGUAUAAAUUGAUAAAGCUUGAUUCUUUCUUUCUCUUUUGGGGGUCUUUGCAGGUCUGUUGUUUCUACCAAAAUGUCGAUUCUUACAAUUUCAUAUAUGUAAACCUGUAAUGGAACAAACAGAAACAGAGAACUGAAAGUUUAAAAAAAAAACAGAGCACCCACUAAGCCUAAGAGUGAAGAAGGCUACUAGAGGGUCUGGUUGUACAUUGAAAAGGAUUGGGGCGAUUUUGUUAUUAGUAUCAAAGAUAAGUUUCAGUGCAUACGUUUCUGUCGGAGCUCGACUCAGAUGGUGACCGGAAGCUCAAAGGCGGCGGCUUUUUACUCGAUGAAAGAUUUCCUGAAGCAGACAGGCGGUUUUGCGGUUAUAGACGGCGGGCUUGCAACGGAGUUUGAGCGUCAUGGAGCGGAUCUCAACGAUCCUCUCUGGAGCGCUAAAUGCCUUCUCACAUCCCCUCACCUCGUUCACACCGUGCAUCUCGAUUACCUUGAAGCCGGUGCAGAUAUCAUCUGCAGCGCUUCUUAUCAGGCCACGAUUCAGGGGUUUGAAGCAAAAGGCUUUUCAAGAGAAAAGAGCGAAUCUUUGCUUAGAAAGAGCGUGGAAAUAGCCUGCGAAGCUAGGAACACGUACUAUGACAAAUGCGGAACUAGCUCCUCCAGCGAGAUCAUGGAUGAUAAGAUACUUAAAAAGCGGCCUAUAUUAGUUGCAGCAUCAGUUGGUAGCUACGGCGCAUAUUUGGCUGAUGGAUCAGAAUACAGUGGAGUGUAUGGUGAUUCGAUGACGCUGGAAACACUCAAGGAUUUUCACCGAAGACGAGUCCAAGUUCUGGCGGAGUCGGGUGCUGAUAUAAUCGCAUUUGAGACCAUUCCAAACAAGCUAGAGGCUCAGGCGUUUGCGGAGCUGUUAGAUGAAGGGGAUGUGAAGAUUCCAGGGUGGUUUUCGUUUAACUCCAAGGAUGGGGUGAACGUGGUGAGUGGGGAUUCGAUCAAGGAGUGUAUCGCCAUAGCUGAAAGUUGUGAGAAAGUAGUGGCGGUUGGAAUCAACUGCACCCCUCCAAGAUACAUAGAGGGGCUAGUUACGGAGAUAGGAAAGGUGACGAGGAAGCCAAUACUAGUGUAUCCAAACAGCGGAGAAAGCUAUGAUGCUGAUCGGAAGGAGUGGGUUGAAAACACAGGAGUUGGGGAUGAAGACUUUGUGUCAUACGUAGAGAAGUGGAUGGAUGCAGGAGUGUCUUUGCUUGGAGGUUGCUGCCGCACUACACCAACCACCAUCAGAGCCAUUCACAGCAGACUUGUCUCCCGCAGAGCACUUUCCUCUUCGUCCCACCAUUAUUAGCCUCUCUUUCUUCUAUUUGUACCCAAAAACAAAACUUUUGAAUGUUUUUUGUUUUCCCUUUGCCCAACACUAAACCCGUUCUGCAACAUGAUCGCCUCUUUUCUUCUUCUUGUUCUAUAUAUAUGAUGCCAUCAAAAGUUUUGUGUAGACUGUGUGUAGUAGUCUCGUGUUAGAUAGAUGACCCUCACCAAAUGUCAAAUGUCACAUAUUAUUUUGUUUCCAGAAUAUGUAAUACUGAUUGUCU